AUGAGGGUGGCGUUUGCCCUGGCUUGUGCGUUUUUGAUCGCGCCGUUUGCAGUAAAAGCUCGUGAUGUCACGCACGAAGACAUUAGAGAUGCGAUGCUGUCGAUGGUUCACAUGGUUCGUUCGGCCGAGGACAAAUUGGAGCGGCACGAAUACAGAGAGCGAGCUUUGGGCGAACACGUCAAGAAAGCGCUGGCGGCUUUGGAGAAACGACAUAACCGCUUGGAACCCAUCAAGGGUACAUUAACCAGGCUGGACGAACGGAUAAAUAGCAUAGAGACGAUCCUAAUUCAACGCGAUGACAGAGAGCGCAGCCAAUUGCAAAAAAUGGCUGAAUCAUUAGAAAGAAUCGAGUCAACGUUACUUCAAAAGGUACUUGCGUCUGAGAAAGAACAACGACCUACUGCUAAACCCCUAGAUGAAAAGUUAGAUGCCAUUUCUUCUGAAGUACAAACUCUAACGCAGGAACUCGCUGAUCUGAAAUCUGGAACUGAAAAAUUAGAGGAAUCCACGAAUAAAAUGAAUGAAAAAACCAUUUAUCAAAUGCAGAGGACAGAAGAUGCCCUAACAAAAGCCAUAAACAAAUCCGAAGAGUAUUUAGUGAAAUACGAAAAUAAACUGUCUGAAUAUUUAAGCAAAGACGCAAAUCAGCAGGAAAAUGAAAUAGUUUCAGUUCUCAAGCAAACCAACUCGAAAAUGAUCGACCUCCUGGAACGAAAUAGUAACCACCGCGAGCAGACGACAGUCGGCGCGCCAUUGGACCAUCAUGUCUACGGGGCCUCGAGCAACGCCACUUUGGAAGCGAUUCAAGAAGCUAAAUACGCUGUUAUCAGCACAUCCGACAAACUUGCGGAAGUUCUAUCUGUUAAGAUUCACGAUCUAUACGAAACGCUGCACAAUAGCAUGAACAAGAUGCAUAGUGCAAUUGCGGAAGAAAGUCAAUUCACCAAAGGUGUUGCGGCCGAUGUUUAUCAUCAAUUUGAGACGUUGCAUGGCGAAUUACAAGGCAUCGGAAAAGUUGAACGUGUGAUGCUUCAAACAGCUGACAAUAUUUUGGAUACCAAAAAACGUGUCGAAUACGGGGUUCAUCAAGUUGUAAUGGACGUUGGAAAUUUGGUAAAACUACAAGGAAGAGAUAUAAAUUCGACUGUUAACAGAAGAUUUGAUGAGCUCGAGUUGACAAUUUUGGACAACCAAAGUACUUCUUUGGCAAAUUUAUCAGCUAAAAUAGAAUUAGAAAUGUCAGAAGUUUGGCGUCAAAUUGGCAUCAUGUCCAGCCAGUUGUCAACAAGUGCCACUGUCCUGGAACGCCUUGAAGCCCAAACUGAGCUUUACACGAACGGUAGUCUCCAGACUAUGGAUAAUAUGGAAGGAAAGGUCGGUAAAAUCACAAGUCGUAUGGGAGAAGUCGACGAAAACCUAAAUUAUCUGCUAGGGCGUUUGUCUCUUGUAAUGCAGGAAUUCAAUCAAGUCAAAAGCGGACUAGGAAAUGCGCUAGACACAAUCAGAUCAAGUUUUCACGAAGUUCAAAGUAAAGUAAAGGAUGUAGGUCCAGGUCCUCACGAUAUUCCCAACACCAAGUCGGAAAUCAACUGAAUAAUCAAACGGAAGAAAAGUGAUUUUCACUAUUUUCGAGAAUUAUUAGAUAAUUAAACGAUUAUUCAUCGUCCGAAUGUGGAAGACAUAUAUUUUAUAAGAGAACAUCAUUAUAUAUAUAGU